UAAACAUGUUCAAUUCCAUCACAACAAAAAGAUGAUAAAGAUCAUGAAGCUCUUUGCACUAACAAUGGUAGUUACACUGCUUCUUGCAUCUGGUCUUGCCCAAGCUAGGACCGAGCCUAUUCAAACCGACUCUAAUCCAAUCCAUAGACCACCCACCUUCCCAACCGAGCCAUUUCCUCCUCCAAAACCAAACCAGGAUGAAAAGAUAUCAGUGGAGCAGUUCCCAAUCCCAAUUCCAAAAAUUUGUCCUCCGGACUUCCCUGGAUGCCCACCAGCAAAUUCUUAAAAAUUAUACAAAAUACAUGAAAACAUAAACACAUGUUUUGUAUUAAUAUUAUGCUUUUCUAUCAUAAAUUUAUAUUAUAAUAAAUUAUAUGUUUUCUUCCAUUUUCCUUUAA